AUGAAGCACAUUCGCGCAUUGAAGGCUCUAAAAAGACCCACAGAUCAAUGGGAUGAUCUGAUAAUACAUUUAGUAACGAGCAAAUUGGAUCAAUUGACAUACAAGGACUGGGAGAAUACUAUUGAACGAGGUAAGUUACCAACCUUUGAGGAAUUGAUGCGUUUUCUGAAUCAACGUUGCAGAACGAUAGAGAUGACUUCGCGCCAAUCGAAGACAGUAGGUUCGGCGUCACAAGAAAAGGCCGCGCACCACAGAAGCACUACAGCGCACGUAGCCACUACUAAGAACGCAUGCGGAUUUUGCCACCAGGAAAAUCAUGCCGUUUAUAAAUGCAAGGAUUUUCUAGCGCUCAAUGUGGAGCAGAGGUUGAGAGAGGCAAAGACACACAAGCUCUGUUUGAAUUGUUUGAGAGUUGCAUCCCAUCUAGCAAAGGAAUGUACAGCAGGAACAUGCAGCAAGCGUCACAAUACGUUGUUGCACUUUGAGCAAUCAUCGAGGAGUCAACCUGAAUCUGACGUUGGAGGCGAGGAAUCUAAUGCUCAAGAGACUACAAAAUCCAUAACGUUGGCUCCCGCAGCGAUCAAUCAAGGACAACAGGUUUUGCUAGCGACCGCGAUGGUAAAUGUGACAGAUGUCAAAGGAGCAACUAGAUCAAUUCGAGCACUGUUAGACAACGGAUCUCAGUCUUGUUUCAUCACAAAGGAUUGUUGCAAGGAACUUGGACUCAAGCGUCAGGACACAAAUAUUCCUGUUUGUGGAUUGGGAGAGCAUUCCGUACAAACAAGAAGCAUGGCAAAGAUUAUCAUACAAUCGCGAACUACAGGAUACAAGAAGAGAUUGAAUUGCCUAGUAGUCGACACUAUUACGCAAAAGCUUCCGAUCAGCAGAAUAAGCAGAAGUCAUUUACAAGUACCGGACGGCAUCACGUUAGCGGAUCCGCAAUUUGAUCAACCUUCCAGGAUAGAUUUAUUGUUGGGAGCCGAAAUAUUCUUCGACUUGCUAUGUAUCGGCAGGCUAAAGUUAGCGGAUAAUCAACCAAGUUGGCAAAAGACACUGCUUGGAUGGAUCUUGGAUGGUCUCUGGGGAGCUCACUACUGCAGGACGACACCCGAAGAUUACUGUUUGCAACCUAGCCAUAAAUGA